AUGGCGACAAGAUUGGUGGAGGCUAGGGUUUCUUUCUUUGGUGGAGCUAGGGCAUUUGCUGAAGGGAAGAGUUGGAGAAAGGAAUGGGGCUGGGGGAGAAACGCGUGCAACCUUUUCAUUCAACGAAAGAAGGAAACGGCGUCGUUUCUUAUAAACCGGCCGGGUUCUGGUCCGAUAGAUUAUGACAUUCUCUUCAUUGGUUCUUUCCAUCUUUUUGCUCUUCUUUCUUCCUAUAGAGGUAAACUAAAAGCUAGAGCUACUAAUAUAAAGGUAAGGUUGAGAACUGGGAUGAAGGUGAUGGUUGAUUUGAUGUUUGAGAGAAUGAGUGGAGUGGUUGAUGUUAUCAUCUCUGGAUAUGAGGAAGAUUUCAAUUGUAAGAUCGUUCCUCCACGUGAGGCCUGGAGGAUCAAAGUUAGGAUACUAAGGGCUUGGACUGUACCUAGCUUUGGUAAUGCAGAUGUUCCAAAUUCAAUGGAACUUAUUCUGGUUGAUGAAAAUUCUACCAAAAUCCAGGCCACUAUAAGGAAGCAACUAAUCCACAAGUUUAAAGAUCAUCUUCUUGAAGGCAGUUGUUAUAAGAUGAGCUAUUUUGCUGUUGUUUCAAACCAAGGCUCUUAUAGAGCUACAAAGCAUGAGUUCAAACUCAUUUUUCUGUUUCGUACAACAGUGACAACAAUUCCUGAUGAUAUAAUACCCAAAUGUAAUUGUCUUUUGACAUUGGUUGGGGAAGAGAAAAACUAUGACAGGGAUGGUAAAACGGUUAAGAUGGUGGUUGUCGAACUUUCUUCACAAAAGAUGAUGCUGCGAUGCGCAUUAUUUGGAGAGUACGUGGACCAGUUAAAUGAUUUUCUUGCUUCUGGUUAUGUUGAGCAACCGGUUGUCAUUGUUCAACUUGCUAAGAUUAAACUUUUUCGAGGUGUUGUAACUGAAUGUUAUCUUAUUGAUGGGAGUUUUGUUAUUAUGGGUACUAUCACUGAUAUUGUUGAAGAGGGUUGUUGGUGGUAUUCCACUUGUGUGUGUGGAAAGGCAGUUUAUCCUGAGUCUGGGGUCUAUUUUUGUGAUGUUUGCAUGCAUCAUGUGACAAAUGUGAUUCCAAGGUUCAGACUUAAAGUAGCAGUUUCUGAUCAUACUGGACAGGGCAUAUUCGUUUUGUUCGAUCGUGAAACAGCUUAUUUGCUUAAAAAAGCAUGUGCUGACCUUUUUAAUGAAGUCCAAAAGGAGCCAACUGUUCUGUGUGGAGAUAGCUAUCCUAUUACAUUUAAAACUUUAGAGGGUAAAAAAGUUUUACUAAAAGUAGAUACCAAGUCCCUUGGUAUAGACAAAUACUUUGGAACCUUUCGUGUAAAAAGGAUUUGUGAUGACCCAACUAUUAUUUCUAUGUUUGAGCUUGCUGAGAAUGAGAACGAAGUGACACCUGUCAAGGAUGCAUGUUUUCCUGGGAUUGGUUUGGACAUAGGUGAACCCUCUUAUACACAGCCUACCUCAAAAGAUGUUAAGCUUUCAGUCUUGGAUAAGGAUGAAAGUGUUCCUGGUCUUGAUGACAUUUCGAUAGAUAUGGACACUAAUAGGAAAUCUGUUGUUCCUCAAGUUUCUGGCGAUGAUGAUGAGAAUCAGGUCUUUAGUGAUGAAGUUGGCUCAUUGCUCAACUCAGGUGUUGAAGAAACUCAGGACUUCCUAUCUCAUCUUCUGGAUAAUUCGGACAACAUUGAUGUUUCUUCUAUUUGCAAUGAUAGUGUGCGUUCCAAAGUGAAGAGAAACCUUGAAUCAGAUUUUCAGAAAGCCUUGGAGGAAACUGUUGGUCCUUCAUCAAAGAUGAUCAAGGUUGAAGAUAAUUAG